UUGCGCUAUUACAUCAGCAAACUCAGUCUUUUUGUAUCCGGGUCGGCGGAUCAUGAUGGCGGCCACCGCGGACAAAACAGCCGGCAUGAGUAAAAUGCUGCAGUUUAUGAAACUUAUCGGACAACUGAAAAGGGUGCCGCGGACCGGCUGGGUGUACAGGAAUGUGAAGAAGCCGGAGAGUGUGUCCGACCACAUGUACCGCAUGGCCAUGAUGUCUCUGACCAUCACUGACCCCACAGUGGACAGGGACAGGUGCAUAAAGCUGGCUCUGGUUCACGACAUGGCAGAGUGCAUUGUGGGAGACAUCGCGCCAUCAGAUAACAUCAGCAAAGCAGAGAAACACAGGAGAGAAGAGGAAGCGAUGAAGCAACUAACGAGUCUUCUUCCGGAGGCUCUCAGACAGGAAAUCUACACACUGUGGGAAGAAUAUGAAACUCAGAGCAGCGCAGAGGCCCGGCUGGUGAAACAGUUUGACCAGCUGGAGAUGAUCCUGCAGGCGCACGAGUAUGAGGAGCUGGAGGGAACACCAGGAAGACUGCAGGAGUUCUUUGACUCCACAGCCGGUCGUUUCCACCACCCGGACGUUCUCCAGCUGGUCAGCUCUAUGAACAAAGAGCGAGAAAGUCACAUGACCAACACAGAUGGCACAAAGACGUCUGAGCCAUCGCAGGCUGCUGAUUCGGUGCCUGAAAAAGACCACACAACGUCACACUCUUCCUGACUGUAACACGCACACAGUGAACAGGACUUCUCAGGUAGACAGAGAUGCUGGAUUCAGACAAACAGUCUGUACAGGGACGCACAAGCUGUAAUAUUGUUUUUGUUUUUUUUGUCUAAAUCACACCAGUUCAUUGUUUUAGUCAUUGUUUUAUAUGUUUUCAGUUUACACACAUUAUUGCGUAUUUUAAACCAAGACAAAGUUAAAGCAAAGACUGAAGAUUUGAAGUAGCAAAUGACUUUUAAGGAACCGCUACGUUUACAUAUUAUGUAGUAACGCCAUUUCUUGAUCUUGUAUUUGUGACAGCUUGUGUUUUUCAGUUAUUUGAUAUACAUGUACAUCUUUAGUGUUUGAUACUUGAAUGGGAAUCAGGUAUGAAUCUAAAAAAGAUGCACUCACACUUGGCUCCUGAAAGUAAACUUAGAGGCUUCAAAACCCAAGUUUGGCAUCACAUUUAUAACUGUGGCGAGGGCUCUCAUCUUAACUAAUUUGGUGCUUUAAACUUUUCACCUGUGCUGGUGUGAUUAGAUCUGUGAUUGGCUGAACAAAUAAGGUGGUGGAGUAGGUCUGAUAUCAGUUAUUGUCAAAGAUUCCUUCAGAAUGAUCUCAGUCGUUCUGCAUUUUUAAAUUAGAGAGAAAUUAUCUGCAAACCUUCCACAGUCUCUGAGACUGACUGGCGGAUGCGACUGUUUGCAGACAGCUUGCCUCCUAAAAGCUGACGUGUGCAAUCAUUGUGCAAUCAAGCAGUUGCGUGUAUGCAACACCUUCAAGCUUUGAGCAAGCAUUUAAUCACCUCAAGCUGCAGCUGGUUUAAGAAAAUGAAAAAAUCAAUACCAGACACUGAUUUCUUUAUAGAUGGAAGGAGGUUGUGGUCUUAUUUUUAUUCAUGACUGAGCUCUUGGCUUGCUCUGAAUUAGAAGGUAGCUUUGUCGAGCUAAGUGUGUCCAGUGAUUUUCUUUUGAGCUGAUUUAAUAUCAGUUUGCUCACCAAACGUUGUCUCGUUACGAUUGUGCACAACAACACAUGAAUUGAGCUGUGGUUUGGGUAAGGCCUUGAAGGGGACUGGCGGCGGCUCCCGGGCCUGGCAGAUCCUGGCAGAAGUGAAAGAAUUGAAAAAUGGCAGGUAGGAUGGGGCAUGAAAACAGCUUGCAGAACUGGGUGAUCAUAUAUAGAUAAGAACAGGAAGUGGCGUGUUUAGAGACGUGGUCCUGCUCCUGAAAUUCAGAUACUUUAAUGCAACAGUGUCGCUGCACCAUUACAUUGUAGUCCAUAAAUGAUAGGUGUGUUUUAGAAACAAUGCUGCAGAUAAACGAUUAUUUUAGUAUUCUGCAGGUAUUAAUGUUUGUUCUGUUUUCCUCAUGCUUUUCCAGAGUGCUGUUGAAACUGUAGAGUGACAUCAGGUUUGGUUCAAACAAUCUUUAUUAUACAUACUAAAGUCAUAAAAACAGUUAUUGAUCAUUCACAUACAGUGUUAUUGUACAUGAUGGUCACAGUUAUGUCUUUUUGUGUUUAUGCUGUAAAGACAUUUAUUACAUAAAAGGUUUAUUGAAAUCAAUUUUCCAAAGACAGAACAGAACGAGUUAUUUUUAGUGAGUCUGUUUCUGUUUAUGGAUUUUAUUGAAUGUAUUUCAAGGGCCAAGCAUCUUCUCAUGGGAGAGGACCAAAAACAAAAGUUUAACACAUGAAAGAGAAAGUAAAAACUACAAAACACAAACGAUUAUUUACUGCAAAUAAUACAAAGACAAAGUAAUGAGUUUGCCACACAGAGCAGAUUUGAAUAGUUGCAAAGAUCAUUCUCAUCGUUUACGGCACCAACAUUUUAGUUAUAGUGACACUGAAUUCAAUUUUUCAGCGUUAAAAUCUGAGCUCAUGUAGUUUCACCACGUGCGUAACAGCAUUCGCUGGAUUAAUGCGUCACAUUUACAGCCAAGAAUUGUGCUCCCGAUGAUACAUCAUGUCGCACUGAUGCUUUUUCACAUAUACACCACUGCUUCCUGUAGUUGCUCUCACAGUUUGCAUUUAGAUAUUCAAACAGACCCCAGCUGCAGCUGACUGCGCCUCCCCAACCCCAUGUGUAUAUCAGUACACUGAGUAUAUAUCGUGAAAUGCCGACGACAAAAUGUUUUUAGAUGCCACAGUGAAACCCGAGGAGCUAGAUCUUCUGUAGUAGUGUAAAAUCCUUUAUACAAAUGUCACCCAGGAUGUUCAGGUUGAUCGGUCACAUUUUUACAGCAUUAAGUAAUAAAAUUACUUAAUUUUUUAAAUCACAAACAUAUUUCUAGUAAAGAUGUGAAACAGCAGUUUUCUGCUGUCCUAAUAAAGAAAGGUAGCUGUUUUAAAACUCUUAUACUGAUGCGGUGUUGAACAUCUACUGACACUUUUUCCACUCGUCUUAAAUUUACACAUCUCACGGAGGAAUCGGCCUUUUGCUUUGUGUCUGGGGAAACCCAGCUGUGAUCUGACAGCUGAGUGAACUACA